AUGGCGAGAAAGAAGAUUCAGAUCAAGAAGAUUGAUAACUUGACGGCACACCAACUCCAAGUGACAUUAUUGAAGAGAAGAGGGGUUUUCAAGAAGGCUCAAGAACCCUCUACUCUUUGUGAUGCUGAGAUUGCCCUAAUUAUUUUUUCUGCACUAGAAAAGUCUUCCAUUGUUCUUGCUCAAGUUCCCGAUCUCCUUACUGGACAACUAUGCUGCCUGGAAACACUUGGAUUGCUGCCCUCUGGGACCGUUGCAGUGAUAUGGUCAUCUCUUGGCUCUUCAACUCCAUUGAUAAGCCCUUACGACAUUGCUUAA